AUGUGCGCAUUCCAUGAUACCAAGAUUAAUAGUUGUGUUAGUUGCGUGUAUGGUACAUAUUCAUUACAUGAAGAAGUGGAUGGGAUGAGUGACGUCACUAAUAAGAAACACAACUUUCCGCCGAACAUGACGUGGGAUGCUCAAGUUGCUGGUAACGGUAUCGCUUAA